CUCGCACUAACCCAUCGUGUCAUGACUUGAAUAUAUGCGGGGCUUCUGUCUCCCUCUCUGUUAAAUCGCAACAGAGAAGCGUCUGUUGACUGGGGCAGGACUCUGGAAAAUAUGGUGGGAGUUGCAGAUUUUUAAGACCCAAAGGGGAGUAACGGGACAGAAGUGAUGCAGAAAGUGUAGAGGGAGAAGACAGUGUUCAGUUGUGACAGGACAAACACUUCUAACACAAACGUGCUGCUGCUGAAGUUGAUAAAAGUGAUGAUUUUGGCGUUUUGGCAUCAAGACUGAUGACACUUGACAGACGCGGGAAACAUCGAGGGCGUGCCAGGGAUUUCAGAGCCGCACAGACCACCACAGGAAUGGAUGGUAAUGCGCACAGCCGACCACCUGACCGAAGGAGAUCUUCGAAGAGCAAAGCUCCACCUCCUCCACCAGUUCUGAAAGGCCUGGAUGCUCCUCUGCUCAACCAGAAACUCCCCGCGUCCCCUCAUCAAGCCAUGGAGCAGAAGGAGAACCUACUGAAGCAAGAGCUGACACUGAUUGUGGUCCUUCCUGGAGGAGUGGAGAAAACUACUGUGGUGCAUGGCAGCAAACCUAUGAUGGAUCUGCUUGUAACGCUUUGUGCAAAGUACCACCUGAAUCCUUCUGAUCACACCAUUGAGCUCAUCACCAACAACAGGAACCAUGUGAAGUUUAAACCCAAUGCCCUGAUCGGAGCCCAGGAGGCAGAGAAGAUCUUGCUGAAACCGAAAGGCAUGAAAGAUAAAAGCAAAAAGACAGGACCACAGAUGCCAGAGGCAACAGUACGACUAGUGAUAAACUACAGGAAAACACAGAAAACUAUUCUCAGGGUGAGUCCACGGGUUCCUCUACGAGAACUGCUGCCCGCUAUCUGCGAGAAAUGUGAAUUUGAUGUGUACACCACAGUUUUAUUGCGAAAUGUCCAUUCUGAAGACACUUUGGACCUGAGCAGCUCCCUCAAUGACUAUGGCCUUAGGGAAGUUUAUGCAAAAGACACCAAAGUUAUUACCCCUGGAAGUCCUGGAAGUCUUCCACCAUCUCCUACUCGCUCAGAAAUAAUUCAUCGUGGAAAAGACAAAAUACAGAAGGAGAAGGAAAAUAAAGGACUGUUCGGCUUAUUUAGAAAAGGAAGUAAGAAACUAUCAGAACAGUCAACGACCGUGAGUGCACCAGCAUCGCCAGUGCACAGAAGACAGAGGCCAGACAGUAUGAGUUCUUUAAGUACUUAUUCGCCGACGUACGAUUCAAACACCAUGCCCUCCGACACGCCAAAGAAGAGAAGAGCCCCGUUACCACCUUGCUUGAUGUCACAGAGCAUGCCGACGGACCUCAGUCAUCACCAAGGCAACGCUCAAACCCCAGCACAUCCUGAUGGCAACCAGCAUACGGCCCCCUUGAGCCGCGGAUCCUCGACAGAGUCGUCCUUCAAGAAGUCGUCCACCAAGCGGAAGGCCCCACUGCCCCCCGCCUUGACAAGCGUCGCCCCUCAUGAUGAAGUUACACAGGAAAAAGACUUGGCAGAAACUGUGCUGGCGUCUCCACUGGAGGAGAUCAAAGAAGAGGUCUCCAUGAAAACAGAGUGUCAGGCAUGCCCUUUAGAAGAAGAGCACCUGGAAGAUGACAGCAGCUUGAAUCUGUCCGCUGACAUCUCUCUGGACUCAGGCCAAGCUGGGACCUUGCAAGACUCUGAGAGUGUAGAAAGUGUAUCACCACUUGGGACGGCCAGAGAAAAUCCAUCAAGCAACCUGUCCGUAGAUAGAGCAGUUGAUGAGAGCACAGUGAAUGGAGAGUUAAAAUCAGACCAGGCCGGAAGAAUCCAAUCGGAAGAGAUCGAGCCCCUGAAAGAGAAGACCGAAAAGGUGACUCCAUCUUCUCAAAUUGGCCCUGUUUUAAAGGAGGUUUCAGUGAGUGACACAGAGACGGAUUCAUCUUUGUUUAACAUGCCUCAAACGUCAGAAUGCGGCAUUCAGACAUUGUACACACACACAGACUUACACGCUCAGUGCUUUGAUUCCAACACGGUUGCUUUGCAAGCAGUUCCCAAGUCUUCCCCUAAGCCAAGCCGUUCAGCUCACUUUGAAGAACUGACACAGAACACCGACCGUAGUUCAGUCAGCUUUGCUCAAACCAAGACGCAAAUGCAGACAGAACCCGAGACUCUCCCUACUGAACCAUUGCCUAGCUUUUGCAAUGAACCCCCCAUGAUGCCUUCCUCACCCUCAACGGGGCUAAAGAGGGACAUGGCCACUUCCACAGAAGAGCUGCUUGUUCCUCAAUCCCAAACACCUACAGUUCAAACUUCAAAGUGUCCAGCAUCGACACCAACUUCCCCUAAAUCAGAUAACAUACUGUAUUUUGCAGACACAGAGCCUAAACCCAAACCAUCCAAAGAACUGACCCGUGAAUACAUCCCCAAAGUGGGCAUGACCUCCUACACCAUCGUCCCUCAGAAGGCUCUAGAAAAGCUACGUUCUUUUGAGGUUGAACUAACUCUGGAGCCACGCGAUGAUGGGAGUGUCAAGAACCUGGACGCAAAAAUCGUUCAAGCUCAAACUACAAACAUCUCACCUCCACCAGGCCAACUUCCCUUGUUCACCAAUGGAAUUAUCGCUCUUAAUGGCCAUAAGAAUGCCUCCAUAAAAGCCACUGAGCUUUCGCCGACGAUUCCACCUGUUUCACCAACAGCCAGUAUUUCUUCACCCUCGUCCCCAUUCGGUGAAGGAAACGAGUCCUUCAUCAAGGAGAAGGUUCCACCUGCAACAAGACCCAAACCAGCUUCAUUCCGCUUGCCACAGCACAAACGAACACCCGGGGAUUAUGUCAUCUCUGCAGCUGUACGUAGAUCGAGUGUUGGCAGCACAUGUAGCAGCAGCAGCACCUGUAGCAGUCCUGCAGCUAGACCAAAGGAAGCUGCAAGCAGUCUGCAGUCAGAUGCUUCCCUUAGGACUGUGCCUCCACUGCCAGUAGUACAGUGGGACAGAGAAGAGCAACAUGCCGAACUAAGUGAUGUUCCUCUGCCCGAGGUCCAACCGAAACCUCAACCCAUUUUGAAAGAUGUCGAGGCUUCAAGUUAUGUUCCUCUACCCGAGGUCCAACCGAAACCUGAACCCAUUUUGAAAGAUGUCGAGGCUUCAAGUGAUGUUCCUCUACCUGAGGUCCAACCGAAACCUGAACCCAUUUUGAAAGAUGUCGAGGCUUCAAGUGAUGUUCCUAUGCCCGAGGUCCAACCGAAACCUCAACCCAUUUUGAAAGAUGUCGAGGCUUCAAGUGAUGUUCCUCUACCUGAGGUCCAACCGAAACCUCAACCCAUUUCUAAAGUCGUUGAGGCUUCAAAAUUUCCACCAUCCUCUCUUCUCUCUCGGCAAAAGAGUCUUCCCACGAAUCCCAGGCCUUCUUUGAGUCUGGAGAAGUUGAGAAGAUUUGCGGCACCCAAACCGUUUUCCCCCACAUCACCUUCUCGUUUUGCCCAAGCUGUGUCGUCGGCUGUGAAGAGGUCCCAGUCUCUUACCCAUCGUCCUUUGGGGCAAUCACCACGCAAGCUGCCUGUUUAUCCUCUCUCAGCACAAAGCUCCAUUAGAGAGUCCCCCGAACCUCCAACAAGUUCUGUGACAGACAAUGGAGAAGGACGCACGGAGGGACAUAGAGAGGCCCCAUCAGAAACAGCAGGCCCUGGCGACCCAGCGCAGAGCUCCGCCCAACAUGAAGACAUGGGAACAUGUAAGAUUGGAAAUACUCAGCCAACAUUACCAAGGUCUGAAGCAUCCUUAGUGCUGUCUCCCACGUUGAAGGGAACAUCGGAAGCCUUGCGCUCUGUGGAGGAGUGAAGCAUUCCGACUUCCCUUAAUUCACUCUGUGCCUUCAUUGACAGAAGUUCACUGAUUCCCAAACAUCCCGAAAAUAUCCCAUCUCCAGUGUUCUUUCACCCUCUCCAUCUUUGCAGCAUUUAGAUUUAGAUUUUUAGGUGGCUCACGAUUCAAAGGACUUUCGGCCCUUUUAUUCCGGAUCUGGGCAGAACUGCGUAGAGCGCAGUUCUUCCACUGUCACCUUCACGGUGCGUCACUUUCUACGAUACGAACAUGUCUUAAUGUAAAGAGUUUGUUGAUUGAUCAACUAGCGCAGAGAGAUUACUUUUAUUUGACGCUGAGCAGAUAAGUGGAGGAGAUGAACUAUGACUGUGGAUUCCUUCUAAUUUAUUAUUAGUUCAGAAACACAUUUUUUUUUAACAUUUUUUCCCCCCCUUGCUCAGUUAAAGUAACAAAUGUAUCGUAUUAAUGUUAUCAAAUUUUGAAAUGUAUCCAGUUGAAUAUGUUCCGGUUGCUUUCUGAUGUUAUGACAUUAUGACAUGUGUAAAUGUGCGGAGUCACAGAAGAUGCGCUGUUCUAUUUUGAGGCCUUUAUUACAUUUAAAUUAUUAUGUGUAGAUUUGAUUAUAUAAUUAUUAUUCAAUGUAAAAUGGUACUGAAAUAUUCCCAAUUAUUCAGUCAUACAAACCCCUCCCUUUUCUCUUGUUAUACAUUGGUGCAAAGUGUAUUUUUGUCAAUUAUUGGCUGUUUUUUUUGUUCUUGAUCAUAAAUAAUAAUACAUUAUUGUCAUUGUUGAACAGGUCUUUGGGGCCUAACAAUCUUUUAAACAAAGCUUUUGGCAUGACAGAAGACACUGGGCUUAUGUGUUGUUUUGAGGAGAAUACUGCUGUAUUAUCUGAACUCUCCUCUCUUCUCUGUAUUAAAAUAUAACAGACCUUUAAAGUUUGAGCCCUCUGAUUGUGUGUUAUUAAUGAGUGAAAUUGUGAUUAUGACAUUUUAAAGCUGUAAAGCUGCCAUUGCACGAGGCUUUGAGCUCUGCGAUGGCAGCAAACUCUGACUUUCAAAAUGUAAUGACUAUUUACUGAAGUUUGAUUAGGACUUGAGCUUUAUUUGUUGUCAAUCAGCUUUGUAACAGAAUGCACAGACAUUUAUG